AUGGUAACUUUAUCAUCUCUGGAUCCUAAGAAGCCCUUGGUUGAUCAAUUUGGGGAAGCAUUUUCUACAAAAGAAUCCCCAAUUUGGAUGGAUAGCAGCACAACGCAAGAAUGUAAGGCUAUUGAGAAAGCUUUAGGCGGUGCAUUGGAGUUAUCUAAGCUGACUAGAUCUAGAGCCCAUGAAAGGUACACGGGCCCACAAAUUAAAAGGAUAUUUGAGAUGCAACCUCAAGUUUAUAACAACACUGAAAGGAUCUCACUCGUGAGCUCCUUCAUGGCAUCACCUCUGAUUGGAGGGUAUACUUACAUUGAUCAUACAAAUGGUGUUGGGAUGAACUUGAUGGACAUUAAAGAGAGAACUUGGUCAAAAAAGGUUUUGGAGGCCACGGCUCCUGGUUUAGAGGAAAAACUUAGGAAGUUGGCUCCUGCUCAUGUUGUUGCUGGUUUAAUUGCCCCGUUCCAAUUCAACAAGGAGUGUUUGGUUGUUCAAUGGUCUGGAGAUAAUCUAAAUUGCUUGGCAGAUUCGAGCAUUAAUCGAAGGACAAUUCUUUUCAAUGAGAGGGCAUGCAGAACGAUUUGGUAUGCCAUCCCUUCCAAAGCGCAUAAUUGCAACAGGCGGGGCUCUGCAAAUCGUACCAUUUUCAGCUGCAUACCUUCCAUUUUUGGCUGCAAUGUCUACACAAUACAAAGACCAGGGGCUGCAUUAAGGGCGGCCCAUGGUUGGGUAUGCAUGAACAAGGGAAGUUUUGUGCCGAUUUCUUUCAUGUAUAAAGAUAAGUUAGAGAAAACGACCUUUGGAUGUAAAGCUGUUGCAACAAUAACAGCUCAAGACAAUGAACUUGUGGCAAAAUAUGCACUUUUCAUGAAGAAACGAAUGGAGAUUAAGAAUCGGCUUGUUCAGAGAUUGGGACGAUAUGAUGCAAUCAUCCCACACACACUCAAGAUUCCACCCCUCUUCUUAAUUCUAUAUAAUAGCGCAAUAAUCUUUUUCCUUUUCGUUCUUCGUGGGCGUAAAUCCCAAAUAUCGGUGCUUUUUCGGCUCCUGAACCAUCUGCCUUUUUUUUGGUCCAAGACAUGGAUGGCAGUGGCAGAUCAGCCGUUCAACCUUUUGAGCCACCAGGGAUAUGCGGUCUAUGCCAUAGAAUACUUCCAUUAG